UAUUGUUUGUUAAGUCCAAGGAAAUAGAACUAUACUGUUUGGAAACAGUGUUUGGAAUCAGGUGUCUAAGGAAGAUGUUUUUGAAAAUCUUUUCGAUAGCUGUUAUCAAUACUGCUGUACAAGGUCAGCCGCUCUAUGAUGAGAUGUCGGAUCCAUGUAAAGAUCAUCGAAAAAGUUAUGAAAUCUACAAAGAGCAUUUGUUGUCUCUACAGUUGGAGAACAAAAAAUUACAGGAAAAACGCUGCAAAGUCAAAGCAUGUCCAGAUAAUUGGAUAUGUUUCGAAAACAUCUGCUACUUAUUUUCUGAAGCCAAAACCACAUUUGAUGCAGCAAAGGUUAUUUGUAACAGAGCUGGCGCUUAUAUUCUUGAAGAUCAAACCCCAUGGGAAAGGUCACUAACAAAAGCGAAAGGUUAUACCCAUAUGUGGAUUGGUGCAACAGAUAUCCUUAAAGAAGGAGUCUAUGUCUAUGAAUCCACGGGAUCAAUAGUGACUAAUGGCGAUUGGGUCAAAGGUCAACCAGGUGGAGGAAGAAAUGAAAACUGCGUAGCAGCAUUGAAAAGUAGCAACUGGCAGUGGCACGAUUAUUCGUGUGAUCAUGAGUUUGAUUAUGUCUGCAAGAAAAGUAAAAACUUCUGCGUGAAAACUUAAUAAAAUUCUAGAUUGAGGUCAAGAUGACCUUUACUAUAUACGACCCUUAGAGAAAUACUAUUGUUGAAUAUUAAUGAGUAAAACAAAAGAUAAGUGUAGGAGUUAUAGUAUACCAUUGAAUACUAUAGUUACAUGUAUCUAUAGCGAUAUAUUCAACGCUUAUAUUUAUUUUUGCUACUAUUUUGAUACCCAUAUAGAAUAAGAAUCACAAUAUUUAAAUCAGCUUAAACGCGCGUUAAAAAAAAAGAUCACAUCAUUGUAUUCUAUAAUGAAUAUUAACAACACUUUAGAAGGUAAUAAAUAUACACUUACUAAAAACGACAUGAUUUUACAGAAUGUAUUAGCAUGACAUGUAUUAAAACGUAUGACUGUACAAUACAUAUUUUGUAUAUUGACAAAACAUGGACGGCAAAUUAGAUUUACUGUCUGUUAAAUGGUCGUCAAAAGUUAGUGAAAUCAUGCAAUGUUGAACACUACCAUAAAAUCAAAAUCAAAAAUCCAAAACUUAAAAAAAUAUUAACUUAGAUAAUGUUUUUGCCUGGACUUUUUGCGACGUAAAGAAAUUGAAGAGUGAACGAGAAAUGUCAGUUAAGUCAAUCAUUGUUUCAAAAGCAGAAUAAUUUCAACAUAGAUGUGAAACCUUUGCAAUUUUUUGUCUAUAUCUCUUCAAACCCAUGAAAAUUUCAUUUUUCCAACAAAUAAAAGUACAUGUAGAUACUCUGUAUUCUCUUUACAAUCUUAUGCCCAUUGUUAAUGAAUGAUUUGUACUAUGAUUUGUA